GUGGCUGAUGUUAGUGCAUGUGGGUCUGUUUACGAGUGCGAAAGGCGAAGCCAUUGAGAAAUUGCACGUGGUUCGUGCUCCAUAUUAAGCCCAUUUUUUACCAACUUUAAGGAGAUGUCAGGUCAACACAGUUCAUAUAACAGUAAGUUCAAGAGGUCACUUGGCGAGCUACCACUGGAAUGCUCGUCGAAAUGCUGGGGCGAGUUUGGACGUGGACUCGUUCGGCAGAAAUACUAUGACCAAGAGAAAAUCACAGAGUCUAAGCUAGCCCGUGUGCUGGGCACUCUAGACUUGACAGCUUUAGGUAUCGGCAGCACGUUAGGAGCAGGUGUCUACGUCGUGGCAGGACAGGUGGCUCGUCAGACUGCUGGCCCAGCGGUCGUCAUCUCCUUCCUCAUAGCAGCCGUGGCGUCAGUUCUCUCAGGUUUAUGCUACGCAGAAUUCGGGGCUAGAGUUCCGAAAUCGGGGUCUGCAUAUAUCUACAGCUACGUGACGAUCGGUGAAUUAUGGGCCUUCAUCAUAGGAUGGAAUCUCAUUCUAGAGUAUGUCAUAGGGGCAGCUAGCGUGGCGCGGGCGUGGAGUGCUUACUUCGACUCUCUACUCAACAACACGAUAGAAAACUAUCUGUCUACUCACAUACAAGUCAACGUGCCUGGUCUCUCCAACUAUCCAGACUUCUUUGCUCUCGCCAUCAUACUAGUUCUAACAGCGAUCCUGUGUAUCGGCGUGCGAGAGUCAUCUGCUCUGAACAAUGUUUUCACGGCGAUCAACCUUCUCGUCGUUCUGUUCGUCAUCGUCAGCGGACUGUUCCAGUCGGACAUCGAUAACUGGAGGAUCCCGGCCGACAGGGUUCCUAAUGAAACCGUAUAUAUGGAAGUCGUCUAUCAAAAUGGCGUCGGCGGUUUUAUGCCAUUUGGUUUCACCGGUAUGAUGUCAGGUGCUGCCACCUGCUUCUACGCUUUCAUCGGGUUCGAUGUUAUCGCUACGACAGGAGUAGUAGAUGCGCUGCUCAGUAGUAGUAGAGAUGCGCCCAGCUUGCUCGGAUCGAUGUUCCCGAUGCCGCGCGUCAUAUACGCGAUGGCGAGCGAUGGCCUCUUGUUUCGCUUCCUCGCCCACAUCAACGAACGAUUCAAGACGCCGAUUAUCGCCACGGUGGUGUCCGGCCUUCUCGCUGGCUUCAUGACGACGAUAUUUGAUCUGAAGGAACUCGUGGACAUGAUGUCGAUCGGAACGUUGCUAGCGUACACCCUCGUCUCCUGCUGUGUGCUCAUACUCAGGUACCGCUCGGAGACGCUUGGUAGGAAGGGUGAUGGCGCCCCCAACCUGUUGGUGCGGCCUGAGUCACAGGUACCCCUGAAACCGAGCACGAGCGGAGACUUUGAAGGCAACAUCAUCUACGAUGAGAGUGAGCUAACACUGAAGUAUCUGCGGCGCACCAAUGCCAGCACCGGCGUCAUCUACUCGAAGUCGGAGAUAUUCACCUCUCUCUUCAAGCCGCUGUCACAGGAAGCGACCGUUCUGUCGGGGACGAUUGUGGCGUGGGCCGUAGCAAUCCUAGCCGUGCUAAUCCUGCUGGUGAGCAUACUGUUGAACGAGAUGUCGGACCAGCUGAUGGAACGCAGUCCCGGAGCAAUCCUGCUCGUGUCGGCACUCGUCCUGAUGAUAGUCAUCACGGUGUUUGUCAUCAUUCGACAGCCGCAGAGCAAGGCCAAGGUGCUGUUCAUGGUGCCGUUUGUCCCCUUCAUUCCAUCCUUAAGCAUCUUCAUCAACCUCUAUCUCAUGACGCAGCUUUCCAUCGGCACGUGGAUUCGAUUCUCAGUCUGGAUGUUUGCCGGAUUUCUAAUAUAUUUCCUGUACGGCAUCUGGCACAGCAUAGAGAGACGUCCGUAUAGAGCAUAUGAACUGACAGCAGCAGAAAACGAGAUUACAGCGGUAGAGAAUGAGUCCGGGAUUGGAUUACUGAGCGAGAACCUGUCGCAGCCGUCUGGCACGGAUCUAGACAAGAAGACAAUCGAUCCCGAUGCCAUCCGAGCAGAGUUCGGCGAAUCUGAGGCCAACUGAGCGCCACCUGGCGGGUCGCGUCGAUAGCACGAGGAGAUGAUUGGGGCGGGUGGGCAUGGUAUCUGUGUAGAUGUAGCAGCAGCAGUAUCGGCACGUGUGUUCCCCCGUGUCCUGAACAAAGGAGGGGAAUCCUGGAUGAGCUUAAACAUAACCAUAACCUUCACAACUCACAGUUCGUGCGUGUAGGUGUCGAGUUGCACACAUACCAACACGCGUUUGUUCGGUUGCCCACUCGAUCAUGAACCACGCUCAGCAUGCAAGCGAGUUGGUCUGGUCGGCCUGCCGCAGGGUCCGGGAAACCAAGAUUAAGACUAAAUCUCAUUUGGAAGAAGAAUUUUCUCAUUUCAAAAGAAAAAUCAUUUUGAAUGAUCUCAUAGUGCAAAACCCUGUUAUGAGCAUGGAGUGGAACCUCAAUUUCAAGUUUUUCCAACCAUAUAAUAUGGUUGUGCUGUUAUUAUGCAGCGGAAUUUUUUUUUAUGCAGUUUUUUUUUUUUGAGGGGAAGUUUUCAGUUUUUAGAUAAAUCUUGAAACUUUUUUGCAAGUUUUCUAAACAGUAGGAAAAAUCAAGGAAAUACCAGGCAUUUACAUGUGAAUAUGCAUGUAUGCGAAUAUGCUUGGCCAUUAUUGUUUUUAUUCCUUAAAACUACCUAGUUAUGUGUGCGUGCGUGCAUGCGUGCGUGCGUGCCUGCGUGUGAGUGUGCCUGCGUGUGAGUGUGCAUGCGUGCAUGUGUGCAUGCAUGCGUGCGUGUGUGUGUAAUGCAGUAGCACUAAUAUAUUCAACAAUGAUGUUAAACUGUCAUCACUGAUUGUGUGUAAAUGUCUGUGUAUGUGUGUGCGCAUUCGUGCGUGUGUAACAGUAAGCACUAUUAUACUAAAACAAUCGUGCUAACGUGUAACUGUGGUAGAUGGAAGAUAUUCUGUUCAGUUUUAAACCAGUGCAAUUAUUAUUUCGUGUGAAUGUGUGUUUCAUGAUGACUUUCUUUGCCAUGGGUGUGGUAUGUAUAUGUUGUAAGGAAGGACAUUGUUAUAAAUAUGUAUGUAUUCAUGCGUCUAGCUGCAUCGUCACAGUGGUCACGAUGCACUUGUCGCAAUAUUCUCAGCAGCAUAAUGAUUGUGAUGUACAUCACCACGCGACGCCCACAUGUUGGCCGUGUCAUCAGAACCCAGGGCCCAUUUUCAGAAACGUCAUAGUGACAUUCAUCAAAGAACAGGAAAAUGGUUAUGACAUCGUAAGCAUAAAACGUCAUAUUUUUUGCACAACACUUCAUUUGAAAAAUUUUUGAUAAUUUUAGACUUUGAUGUCAUAAUAACUUGUUGAGAUGUUUUUGACCAUGGGCUCCAGUUUUCUUCCUAGUCAUGCUAAGCUAAUAUAUCUCGCAAAGAUUGCUUCUCGGAAGCUUACAAUUUAUAAGUAAUGGGGAAUUCAUUGUUAACAUGACAGUGAUUUGUCUCACUGGGAUUGGGUGGGUAGCUGGGGUGGUGGUUGCGGAGGGGGAGGUUUGUGCCUGAGCUUGUGUGCGCGUAUGAGCGUGUGUUUGUGUAUAUAAUAUUUGUGUAGAUAUAGCUUUAGUUGCAGCUAUUAGUUAUGGUAGCUUUGGAAGGUAGCUUAUCACCGUCUGUACAUUCAGUUAAUUAUUCGUAUAUACCUAUAACUUUAGAGCCGGGUAAACAUUAACGUUACUGUAAUGCAUUAUCUUGGGCUGCUUAAGUGAGUAGUAACGUAGUCAUUCUAUCGUAGAACAAUGACUCUAGCUGCAAUAUAUCCUCACAACCUCAUAAUGAUUAGUCUUCAAAGUCCAAGAGACUGUCUUGAAGACGGAGAGAGACAAAGUUGAUUAAAUAGACAGAUCAACACGGUGGAUUGCAGUACAAAAAGCUUUAAUAUUACAAUUAACCAAAGAAGAAGGUGGAGAAUUCUAAUGUCUUAUAUGGAGUGACAGACAAUAUGCAACGCGGUAAACUUGGGCGUUCAUUUGAUCACAGAGCAAUCUCUUAUCUAACGCGUGUCUUUGCCUGGUUGUCUGCUGUCAGCGUCAUAGCACAUCGUAAGUCUUAAUUCUCCGUCAUUGUUCCAUGUAGUAGACAUUGUUCUACGCAAUUGAUGAGGUUCUAUGUCACGAACACUGUUCCACAUCACAGAUAUUGUUCCACAUCUUGCACAUUACCCUACGUCGUACGCGUUGUUCUACAUCAUGCACGUUGUUCUACGUCACGCACAUUGUUCUACGUCACGUACAUUGAUCGUCAUUGACGUUAUACGUCAUGCACAUUGUUCUACGUCACGUACAUUGAUCGUCAUUGACGUUGUUCUGCGUCAUGGGUAUUGUUCGUCAUUGACGUUGUUCUGCGUCAUGGGUAUUGUUCGUCAUUGACGUUGUUCUACGUCAUGUACAUUAUCUCUACAUCACGGACGGGCAAUGCUUUACGUUCACGGUCAUGUUAUCUUACUGAGUCUCUGCAGCGGUGCGUUUAAUUGUCGGGGCCAAACUUAGGCAAUGAAACAGAUGUAGUGCAAGUCGUGGGAAUUAUCAUGAAGUUACUCCUCUAUUAGUAACGCGUGGUCUUUUUCAUAUACGUGCACGAGUUCUGGACGAUAUAAUAGGAUUUAAUUUUUGUUACUUUCGUUAUCUACUCCUAAUCUUUCUGUUAUGUACUCCUAAUGAAUUGGCGAUAUUACCAAGUAAGAUAAUCUGUCGAUCUUUCUUGUACAUAUACUUGAUUAGGUUGUGCCAUGAACACGUGUAUAUUGCACAGUUGGGGAAUGUAAUUUUCACUUUACAUGCAUUCAUGGUUGGACUGACACUUGAUUCAAGUCCUUCUACUGUCGCUUACGCAUAUAACUGUCGCAUUGGCCAUGUUGCAGUUAUUAACUACACUGCCUUUUUACUACAGCAAGAUCGUACGUAGGUUACGACAUCUGUUUCAUUCUUAUAUAUACAUACGAAUUUCAGUCGUUGUUUGUGUUUCUAGAAUGUGAGUUGCAGAUGGAAAAGUGGAGAAAGUGACUAAUAAAGUUAUUUGUUUGCAACAUAUCGUCUUCUAUACUGCCGCAUACCAUAUGUAGCGUUUGUGAACGCGUGUAUUAAUGUAUUUCAGCGAGACAUAAUACGUAGCGUGAAUGUGGUGUGGUGGAAAUUUGUGUGCGUGCGUGCGGUCUAUGAAGAGUGCAUUAACAACAUACAUAACCUUACUGAAUGCACUUCUGAUGUAUAUCAUGAACAUAUUAAUGCCCAUACAUGGCUAUAAAUUUGCUGAUGGUAUAUGUAUAUCUGGCUUAUUAUGACUGAUGUGCGCUUAUAAAUAGCUUGCCGAUAGAUGGCGUGGAUGGUCGUUAAAACCAGAGCACAUAGUGAUUUAUGUGCUCUGUUAAAACUCAGCAGAGUCGGGCGAAGGUUCUAUUUUGUAUGCGCGAAAGUAAACACAUGUACUAUACGCAUGUACUCAAACAAUAGAGAUGUGUUCACGAAAAGUUCUGAAUAAAUGUCUGGCUGAUUAUGUUCUA